CAGAAAAUGUCCGCGUGCGCAUUUUUAAUCGCCCAGAGACAGAAUAAAGCUUAAGAGCGAGACAUGCACGUGAUGAGACCAAAAUCCGCCAAAGGACGCACCAGACCCAAAGUGACCAAAGCCAGUCUUGGAGAUGAUGAGCUUCUAUGCGAAAAGCGUCCAUUUUCUCCACGCCCUCCUUCUCAUUCUCCUCGUCCUCCACCCACGCCAAGCCCCAGGUUCGGCUCUUCUUCAUCCCCACACCCUUUAUUCAAACACGGUAAUUCAGCGAGUUCAGCCACUGAGCAAACCUUUGACAACCCGGUGCUGUCGCUAAACAAAUACAGAGUCCUCCCGUCUAUAGAGAAGAGAUCAGAAGAUGAAGCGUCCAGGGCAGACAUGGAAAAGAGAUCCUCGAGGUCUAGGCUUCAUGGACGUCAAUUCUCCAGGAGUGAUCAGGUCAUUGAGAGGGCGUCUAGCAGGACUGUCUUUUGCCAGGAGGGUGAGACAGGUGUUUUGCUUGCUCUCCGGACUCCGUGCGGUCAGAGGCUAGAGUGCCAGUUCCGAUCCACGGAUACACUCCAGAGUGUCGUUGCAAAGGCAGGAGACAUAUCUGGAAAACGGUACGAACACGUUCUGAUCGAGACCAUGGAGGUUCCUCGGAGGAGCUUCACCGAUCUGAACAUGACUCUGUCUCAGUGUGGGAUCGUUAAUAAAUCAGUUUUAUGCAUUAGCCACAAAGACGAUUCUUAACAUCUCAAGAUGGUUUCUAUAAUCAUUGCAUCUUUAAUAACAUAUAGUAAAGAAUAUUGCUUAUUAUGCACGGUUAUGAACAGACGUUCACACACUCUGCUAAGGGGCCAAUAUUCUGGCUCAGUAGAAAGCCACAACCUUCACAACGUUCACAAAGAAAGCCAUUUAUAAUUGCCACAAAAUUUAAUAAAGCCCCUCUGUUACUCAUGGA